UUUUCAUGCAGCACCUUCGAGGUCGAGCGCUCGGCGCGGCUGCGCUCCUCACGCUGCAGACGUCGCAGUCUGUGUGCGAGCCUGCGCCCUUGCCCAAGUUUGUCGACAAAAAAGAUAUUGCAGUCCACGUGGCCGCGCCCAAGGCGUCGGGCUGGCUACCAUCUUUCUCGGGUCUCUGGAGUUACUACUGGCCCAGCGCCGACGAUGCCCACUUUGCAAAGUACGGGCCAUCCAGCGACCAAGUUGGCUUGAUGUCGUGGCCGACGCUGCAAGACGGUUUGAAAAAGCGUGCGGACGACGAGGUCGCCCUCCGCGCCUUGACCAACGAAGCGAUCGCCGCCGCCAAGGCCAACGACGUGGCGAAGAUGAAUGCGCUCCGUGCGCGAAUCACGGUGAUUGCGUACGGCGACGGCGUUACGCCCGAGGCCCGCCAGGCGCACUUGGAAAAGUAUGGCUGCGUCAUGUACACGGAUGCAGCGCUAGAUGCGAUCGCGACGGCGGCGCGUCACACGCGCGGCAUCCUCGAGCUCGGGGCCGGCAAUGGCCAGUGGGCCAAGCAGCUCCGCGCCGGGAGAGGCCUCGACGUCCUCGCUUUUGACAACAUGGCCGCGCUGCCGUUGAACCCCGCGUUCUUCCGCAACACGACGCUCAACAUGGAGUUUUGCGCCGCCGACGUCAUGAAGGGCGACGCCAGCAUCUUCACUUCGGCGCUGGCACCCAAGCUUGCCGGCCGCGCGCUCCUCAUUGUGUUUCCGGACCCGGGGCCCAUGGCGCGGCGGUGCGUCGAGGCGUACACCAAGAGCAGCGACGAGAACACCGUGUUUAUCUACGUGGGCGAAGGCCGGGGCGGCGCCAAUGGCGACGACGCCUUCUUUGACGUGCUCGAGCGGGACUGGGUGCUGCAGCAGUCGAUGGGUCUCCCGUCCUUCUCCAAGAAAGGCUACGAGCGUCUCUUUGUCUUUACAAAGCGAGCGCCCAAAUAGCUUGCUUUGUACUCGGAGCCUAACACAAUAUCUUCUCUCUCAUCGCCAUGGCACUCGGACGCGCGAUCCAGCUGCGACGAGCCUUAACCCUUGAACAAGACCCAAUAUGUCUUUUGCAAGAGAAUUAGAAA